GUUUAUUAUUACUAUUUUGCGUCUUCUCGUCGAGUAAUUCACAUUGUUUUAAUAGUAAAAAUCAGUUAAUAAUAAUUAAUAAAAAAUAUUUUACAAGUAAAAAGAUGUUUUUAUCUGUGAGAGCUCUUCGUUUCACGAAUAGAAGUUUAGCUGUUAGAUUGUUUAGCCAGCAAACAAAUCAAAGUGAACCCAGCAAACCUAACAUGAACGUCGCCGGACUUAGUGAAAACUGUGUAGCAGUUCCAGCACAACCUGUGGGAGCUGUUGGUGCAGCCAAAGACAAGGAAUACAAAAAUCCGGAAUACUUUUGUUAUCAUGUAGACAGUUUCGCAGAAGCAGAAGUUGAAUUAGCGAAAUUUCGGCUCCCUCCUCCUUCCAAUAAACGAAAAUUCGGGCAGUAAUCUAAUUUGCUAAAUAGUUGACUUAAUUAUAAAUGUAAAACGCUGUGUAUAUUAAAAUUACUAAUAAUUAUUGAUCCAUGAUUUCACUUUA